AUGUAUGUUUCUAGAGGGCUCAUCCAUACUCUGGCGUUCACUUUCAAUCUUUUGGAUUUUAUUAUCUUAUUGAUAAAAAAGUGUCAUACUAUGGGUGUUUUAGGUCCCGUGCCAGGACUGUUCUCAUCCUCGGCUGCUUGUCGUCUAUUGUCUCACUUUGGAUCUACACGAAUACGGAACAUGCCAAAAUUCACCCAAAGGCACUCUGCGAUAAGUCGAUUUUAUCACUAUAUGAGUCAGAAAGUACCUCGUCCUCGGCGUUCCUAUUCGUGUGGGCCAUGUCAAAGGUUCAAAAUGAGAUGUGACCUUGCCAAACCUUGUGGAUCAUGUCUGAGCUUACGAAGAUCACGCGAAUGCCUACAAAAUCCCCCAAAUCCUCCGACAGAAGAGGAAAAGGUAUUAAUACAACAACGCAAGCUGAGAAAUAGGCGCAAGAAAGAUAAAGAGUCUAAAAGAGUUCAGUUUGCGAGGAUUGACGAAGGUCCAGAGAAGAAGAUUGUACACUCAGAAAAGAUCCAACCAACUGUCUGUUAUGUCGAUUGUACUGCCGAGAGUUGCGCUGUUUCGGUGAAGACCAAUUCGAUCUGGAAGCUUUCUUUCGCUAAUCGCAGUACAAUCCCAAAUGAUUCUUGCAGCAAACUAAAAACCAACGAAAAGCGUGGCGUUGAAUACUUUCAAGCUUGCGAUGAUGAACUACAAGAAAAAUUCUAUUUGUUCACUCAAAGUCAAUCACGCACGGCUGAAAUGAUGGGACAACUACUAACCCAAUCAGAAAUAUCUCAACUUUUUACUCAAUUUUCUCAAAGAAAUGCAUUUACAGCUACAAAACUCAUAAAUCCUGAUAAGCUCUUGUCAAUGUUUUUGAAAUUUGCUUCAUUUUGUUCAAGGGUGUCACCAUUGCAUAAUCAGUGGUAUAUUAACAAAACUCUGAUCAGGUACUUAAGUUUUGCUACCUUGAUAAUCAGUCAAAGUCUAAUUUUGGAUGGGUUACGUGACUCUGGGAUGCAAUGGUUAGAAUUUUCUCUUGACUUAGCGAGAGACUAUUUUGUCGAGGCUGAUCUAAAUGAGCUAAUAACUAAAGGAAUUUGGCUACACUUGGCAAAGCCAUCCUAUAUCAUGAAUAACCAAAUUUCCAAAUUUAUCCAAGAACUCAAAAAAUUUGAGGCCUUAGUAUGCAAUCGCCACGCCCUCGUGCCAUUCGAAGAUUCGCUGAAGAGUAUUGGGGAGGGAGGAGAAGAUCAUAGAAUGGUCAGCAAGCUUUGGAUGUCAUACAAAAUCGCAGAAACUGAGAUAUCUGAAUUGGGCUGCAAGCAGAUGUUUCGUCCUCUCCAAAAUGCAUUCUCGCUGUUUUCUAAGCUAGCAGAGACCUUUGACAUCUCUCAACUUGAUCAGACGCCCUACUCACGCUUAUUUGUGACAAUAUUUAUCUGCAGCAGAUACUUCAACAGAUUUGACAAUCACCCUACUCGCACAAAAUUCAUUUAUUCCUAUCUUCUGUUGUAUCAGGAAGUUAGCGAGCUCGACUGGGUAGUUUCGCAGAAUUUGAUCCAAAGGUCAGCCCAAGAAGAUUUCGAGGAACAGUUACUAAGUGAAACUGGGAGACGAGCCAUGAAUCUGUUCAUGCUCAAACAUUUCUUUACUCGUUUAUUACUGGUCGUGAAAUUAGAGCAAGGAUAUUUUCCGAGUUUGAGGUUUGCCCAAUACGUUACAAACUUAAUGUGUGUUUUCAACUGGGCAUUUCACAUUGCUGAUAAAGUUGGCAUGUGUUUGGAACAGGUUUUUCAAAUGCUUAUGGAGAAGGCUUAUUUCAUUGAUGUGAUGCUGUUGUAUCUCUGCUGUGGCUUUCAAACCAUUUUCAUAUGCCUCAUGGGUCAAUUUUGUGCAUCUUCACCAAGAACUUUGACGAUCGAUUUAAAUUAUCUUUGUGACGCAGUUGAAAAGUCAUGGACUAAAUCAUUUAAUGCAUUGAAGAAUUUGAAAUACGUCAAUGUCCGAAUAAUAUCAGUUAUAACCACGGUGGUUGAGGAUUUAAGGAGUUGCACAUGGCAAGAAACAACAGCAAAAUCAACGUUCGAUGAAUUUUAUGAAAGUCUACAACUCAAAAUCAAAUCAGAAAAUUGGAAGGCAAUGGUAAUGAUUUGGUUCGGUUCCUCUCAAGUAUGUAGGACCCAUUUCCAUCAGCUUUGGCGUCUCGGAGCUUUCAUAGAAGAAAACGGGAGCAAAAAAUUCAUGAUAACAAAAACCUUUGCUAUAGAUACGAGUUUUUUCAAGCAAUACGAGAGGCUGCUUGAGCCAUUCCGAUUUUCGAAGGAACUCCUAGACUCGUAUAUGAGGGACGUCGUUUACCCAAACCAAGGAGUGGAGCAAACGAGGGAGAAGUAG